AUGGGUAAGGUGAAUGAGGCGCUGGAGGACGCUGAUGCUUCAAUAGCACUGGUGAGUACGUACGCUAAGGCUUUUUUUCGCAAGGCUCAGGCACUGGUAAAGCUUGGCCGCUUCAAGGAAGCAUUAGCAGUAUUGGACACGGCCAAAAAACUUGAACCUGGUAACAAAUCGACGACCACAUUGUUUGAUAAAGUUCAAGAAAUGGCCAGGGAGCAGACGCAGAUUCCGACUGCCCCUGUACCUAAAAAGGUGGUGACUCGCGUGGAAGUACCGCGGACCAGCCCACCUUCUGCAGCAGAACCAUCCACUACCAGUCACUCGUUCACUGAUGAUGAUGUUGAGUUUAGUGGCCACUUUCGUGGAUACAAAAAGUUGGCUGAUGGUCGAGUUACGACGUUCUUUAACAACGAACUCACUGAUGAGGCUAAACAGCUCAUUGGUGACAUCGCUCCGAAAAGGUUGGAAAACCCCAAUCAGGUGCAGAUUAAGAGCGUAGAUGGAGGAUCUGCUUGGAACCAGGGCAACACCUUUGAGGAAAAAGACAUGACGUCAUGGGCCAAGAGCAAGAUCAAGGAGGUUGUGUCUGGAGUUUCGGUGCCUUUUGGAAAUGGUCAGGAUGUCAUUACGUCGUUAGAAGUAUCAAAUUUAGAGGGGGAUGCAUCGAUUGCCGUUGUACGGGGUGCGAAGCGCUACAUUUUCGAUUUUACCUUUACACUGGCGUGCACAUUGAAGCAGGACAACACCUCAACAGCUGGCGAGCUCAGGUUUUUGGAUUUGAGCUCGGACUGCGAUGGCGACUACGAGGUUGAGGUGGUUGUGCCUUCACGUUACCAAACUGAAAGUGGUAAGGCGCUGCAUGCAGCGCUUAGCUCAUCAAGUUCGCCUUUCCGCAAAGCGCUUGCCGCAAGACUAGCUACCUUUGUACAAGAUUAUCACACGUUUUAA